GCCAGUCCUGCUGCAACUUCAGCAGACUGGUCUUCCGCUUGCGUGAUCUCAUCCAAAAAUCCUCACAAAUUCCACUUCCUCGCAUCAUUCAAAACCCAUUUAUUCUCUUCCAUUAAUCCCACUUACUAUAGCAAUAAUCUCCGGGUUUCAAUGCAAAUUCAACCAAUUUUCCCGUCAUUGAAUUGGACUUAAAGUUACAAAACUCCCCAGAAGAAUGUCCAGCUCCAACGCUGGGUGCCGAGGACUUGAAUGAUUUCAUAUGUGGCUUGUUUCAGAAUCCUCAGACGGAAGAAUGCGCAUACGAUCACUACGAGAAAGCGCGAAAGAAGCCCGAAUUCAGAUCAAACAAAUCGACAAUGGAGCAGCUGAUAAGAUUGGUCACUAGCUGCAUUAGAGCUAGGAAGUUCAAAAUUGUUAGGAUUUUGCUUGAUGUGUUUAGUGAUCAUGGAGAUGAAGUUGCUGUCCCGGCUUUUGAUUCGGCGAUGAGAGGAUAUAAUGAGCUUCAUAUGUUUAAAAGCACGAUUUCCGUGUUUGAACGGAUGGAAUCCGAUGGAAUUACUGCGAAUUCCGGAUGCUAUUGCCGGAUCAUGGAAGCUUAUAUGAAAAAGGGUGAUUGCAGAAAAGUUAAUGAAUUGUUUGAAGAAAUGAAAAGUAGGGAAUUAGAUUUGGUGCCUUUUUCAACUCAAAUAUACGGAAUUUUAUGUGAAUCACUGUGCAAAUUGGGACAGCCCUUUGAAGCUCUUGAGAUUUUCCGAAGUGUGACGGAGAGAGGAGUUUAUUUAGACUCUUCAAAGAUUUACUCUGUGCUGAUUUGUUCAUUCGCAAGCAUUGGAGAAGUAGGGAUGGCUGAAGAGCUUUUUGAAGAAGGAGAGAGCAAGAAAUUGUUGAAGGAUCCGAGUUUGUUUUUAAAAAUGAUAUCAAUGUAUGUGGAAGAAGGGUUGACAGAGAAGACUCUCGGAGUAGUUAAGGCGAUGAAGGGUGCGAAUAUCAGGGUUUCUGACAAUAUAUGCUGUGCGGUUGUUAGUGGCUUCUCUAGGAAAAAUCGACUCCUGACUGCUGUUAAAUUUUUCGAAGAUUUGGUGUCGAUGGGCUGCCAGCCAGGGCAAGUGACAUACGCGUCCAUCGUCAAUGUCUAUUGCCGCCUAGGGCUUAACUCAAAGGCAGAAAUGGUUUUUGAGGAGAUGGAGGAAAAGGGGUUUGGUAACUGUGUAGUGGCAUAUUCUAGCAUGGUUGUGAUGUAUGGGAAAACAGGGAGGCCAAGAGAUGCAAUGAGGCUCAUGGCGAAGAUGAAAGAAAAGGGGUGUAAGCCGAACUUAUGGAUAUACAAUUCUUUGAUGGAUAUGCAUGGAAGGGACAAGAAUUUGAGGCAGGUUUCGAAGAUUUGGACGGAAAUGAAGCGAAGGAAGGUAGCGCCGGAUAAGGUAAGCUACACAACGGUUAUAAGUGCUUACAACAAGGCAGGGGAGUUUGAAAUGUGUAUGAAAUAUUACCAUGAGUUUAGGGUUCAUGAGGGUGUUUUGGACAAGGCUUUGGCUGGAAUGAUGGUUGGGAUUUUUUCGAAGACGGGCCGGAUUGAUGAGCUGGUGAAGCUUUUGAGAGAUAUGAAAUCGGAAGGGACGGCGUUGGAUGGGAGGCUUUACCGGUCAGCCUUGAAUGCUUUGACAGAUUCGGGGCUGGAAAUGCAGGUAAAAUGGCUGCAAGGUAGCUUUAAGAUUACAUAGAUUAUAUCGAUAGGCCUCUUAAAUCUUGAUUCGAUUUCGAAAAUUUUCAUUGUAUAACUGUACAGAUCGAAAUCGAAUUCCAGCGUUAUGCAGAGAUGAGACUCACAUGUGUUUGUGAGCCCUAUCUCUGUUACAGAAGUGAUAAAAAUGUGGCAUGUAAAAUGUAGUAAGAGUAGCAUUUUUGCCAAAUAUAUGCACCAAAUGAGUAGUGCUACAUUUACCA